CACACUUGCGCAUGCGUGUUGUGGAUUUCGGGGAUGGAUUUAUCGAUGAAAUCAAGAUGGCGACUCUGGCAAAAGCGCCAAUCUAUUUACUGAAAUAGAUGCCUAAAAUUAACCGCAUUAGUUGGUUUUUACAAGCCCCGUUUGGGGUUUUGUGGAACAUGAAGACCCAGAGCAUGUUUUGGAAGAGGAAUUGAUCGAGAUUCAGACCGUAACAAAGUCAGCGAGAUGUGUGAGAGCUAUGCCCGCUCGCUGCUGCGUGUUUCGGUGGCGCAGAUCUGCCAGGCUCUGGGCUGGGAUGCAGUUCAGCUUACUGCAUGCGAUCUGCUGUCCGAUGUGCUGCACAGAUACAUUCAGCAGUUAGCCAGAGUUUGUCAUCGCUACUCUGAACUCUAUGGCAGGACAGACCCAGUGUUGGAUGAUCUGGGUCAGGCCUUCAGACUCAUGGGAGUCAGUCUCGGCGAACUGGAGGACUAUGUCAACAACAUGGAGGCUGUGGGCUUCACCCAUCAAAUGCCACUCUUCCCCGUCAGCAAAAACAAUGUGUUGCAGUUUCCCCAGCCUGGAGUCAGGGAUGCUGAGGAAAGGAAAGAUUACAUUCCAGACUACAUGCCACCCUUGGUCUCCCUACAAGAAGAAGAGGAGGAGGAAGAGGCCCUACCUGACAUGGGUACCUCAGCUGAGGCAAUGCAGGUAGCACUGGAAGAGGAUGAGGAAGAAAUGGAGGAAGAUGAGACGGUUAAUGAUGAGAACCACCCCCUGAAGCGGCAUCUGGACAGUCCCGAUGAAGCUUUGGGCAUGAUGCCUACCUCCAAGAGACCACGCAUUCACCCCGGCCUCAGCCCUGAGUGGGGUGAACCCAGGGAACCUCUGACCUCUCUUAACCCACAGCGUGUCCCACCAGGAAUACUGCCUUCUCAUGACAGCAUCGAUCCCCUUUCCCCCGAAACACCCUCAGGAGUUUUGCCGUCAUUUAGACCCCUGGUUCCCAUCAUACCAAAGCCAGAUUCAAAGGCCCUCACCACUCCAGGAAGAAAGAAUAAGGUGUCAUCCCCAGGUAGGCAACGGACUAAAUCGCCCAAAGGCCUGACGUCUGCUCCUGCAGGUGGCAGUCCUAUACGUUCUCCCAAACUAUUUAAAGAGAGGAAGAAAUCCCCAGGUAGAACUAAAAGUCCUAAAAGUCCUAAGAGUCCAAAACUUGUUUCUGCAAAGGCCUCACAACCACAGAGCAAGACAGACAUUGUGCAGAAACUACCUUUGUCUGCACUGAGUGAAAGGAUGGGCAAAGAAAAUAUCCAUAUGCGACAAAAUAUAGAUGAGCUGGCAGAAGGAUCCUUUCUAAAACUAGAACCCGAUAAUACAGCAAUAGAUGCCUCUAUCGAUGCGGUAAUAGCUCGAGCUUGUGCUGAGCGGGAGCCUGAUCCAUUUGCUUUUUCAUCAGGCUCUGAAUCUGACAGCAAUGGAUUCUCCAGCCCAAGGGGCCUGACCAUCAUUGAGCCCUCUACGCCCAAACACUUAUUAGGGAUGGGCCAUGGACUAAAAGACACAUCAACACCCCUGCACUUGCCGCCUCAUACAGGUGGGACAAAUUGGAGUCUGGACGCUUCCAUUGAUGAGGUGAUCAGAAAGGUAAACCAGGGAGGACCCUCUGUUCCACCUGUUAAACUACAAGAUUAUCCAUCAUCUGGAUCUGCCUCCCCACCAACACCUGAACCACUCAUGAAAUCAUUUGAGGACAAGAAUAAGGGUGCAUCAUCUGUGGAUGUCAAGAAGAAAUUGAAGAAAGAGCUCAAAACUAAAUUGAAGAAAAAGGAUAAACCGAAAGAUAAAGAACGAGAAAAGGACAAGAGCAAGUUGAAGGAAAAGAAUAAGGACAAAAACAAAGACAAGAGCAAAGAUUUUUCCAAAGAUGGCAAAAUGUUGUGGAAGGAGUUUGGCAUGAAGGAUGAGGAAGACUUUGGUCUACCUGAGGCUUCCAUCAAAAUUAAGUCCAGAGAUGGCGACGGUUCUAAAAAGGAAAAACAUAAGGACAAAAAAAAAGAUAAGGAGAAAAGCAAGAAAGAUAAAGAAAAGAAGGAAAAGAACAAAGAUCGGAGUAAAGAAGACAGACAGAAACAGUCUGCUCUGGCUCCCUUUGCCCUUGGCGAUGUCUCACCACUGUUCAGUCCUGCUGCUUGUAUCCGGAUGCCCCCAAUGCUGCCCACACUGGCUCCUCUUCUACCAGACAAGGAGGUGAAGAGUAAAGACAAGGACAAGAAAAAGGAGAAGAAGGAGAAAAAGAAAAAGAAGGACAAGGAGAAGGACAAAGAGCGGGAAAAGGCCAAAGAAAAGGAGCGAGAAAAAGAGGAGAAGAGGAAAGAGAAGGAGCGCGAGAAGGAGAAACGGGAGAAAGAGAAGGAAAAGGAAAGGAUACGACUGGAGAAGGUUGAAGCUCCUGUUAUUCUUCCAUCCCCUGUCAUUCCCCGGUUGACCCUGAGAGUGGGAGCUGGCCAGGACAAAAUUGUCAUCAGCAAAGUGGUUCCAAAUUCAGACCCCAAAACUCCAGCACCCAAAACACCUGUUGCCAAAUCUGGACCUGGGAACCGGCCCAGGUCCCCUCCUCCUCCUCCUAUUCUCUCCCCGAUCGUCCCAAUCUUGCCUCCUCCUGCCUCGCCUCUGCCACCUGCCCCAGCACCUCCAUCACUCCUAGUGCCAGUGCCCAUGCUCUCCCCGGCCGCUUCUCUCAAGACGCCGGUCCGCAGUGUCGUCACAGAGACAGUCAGUACUUAUGUGAUUCGAGAUGAAUGGGGAAACCAGAUCUGGAUUUGUCCUGGCUGUAACAAACCAGACGAUGGAAGUCCAAUGAUUGGCUGUGAUGACUGUGAUGACUGGUACCAUUGGCCUUGCGUUGGGCUCAUGGCUGCUCCACCAGAGGACCAGCCUUGGUUUUGUGUUAAAUGUUCCAGCAAAAAGAAAGACAAAAAGCAUAAGAAGAGGAAACACAAACCACAUUGAGACUAUGCAAAAGCACAUUCUUGGACUUAUGGAGCCAUCAUUGAAUCGCUGCACUGCUGUAAAAAAAAAUGUAAUCUUAAAUUUAUCUUAAUUUCUAAUUAUAACCGCUAUGUUGUAAUUGGUAAGAAAAGGUGGUUUUACUGCAUGUGUCUUCUAUCAGUUCUUAUCCGGGCUCAAUAUGGUUUGCUUGUUUGAGACAUGAAGUUGUAAAGAUCAUGAUAAAUGUAUUGGAUCAAAUCAGCUAACUAAACAAGAACUCUUUUACUCAGCAGGUUAAAUGCUGAUGUCAUUAUUUUUGUUCAGAAAGUCUUGCUUCCAAAGGAGAAAAAACAUCUAUGUCAAAUUCUUUCUCUGCAGUGUAAUUGUAAUGUAUAGACAGAUGGUGGCAAUGGGUAUGUAAAAAUGUGUAAAUACGAACUUUACCACGCCAAGUGCAUUUUGUUCUUAGGAUUCUCACUUGUUAAAUCCAUUUCAAAGAUAUCAGUUUUUAACUAAUGAUUUUCUUUCUUGUAAUUUCUGUACAUUUUUUAAAUUGAAAGUUUGUAUUUUAAUUUUUCCUCACAUGGAUUUGCCCUGGAGUUAUACUGUGGCUGUGCUGUAAUGUAAAUCAUUUUCGCUGAUAUUUCAAUAUUAAAGAUGAACAGUCUGUGUACUCGCAGACUUAAACAAUUAUCUUUA